AUGACACAGGGCAGUGUCCCAGGCCUGCUCUUCCCAGGAAGAGCCUCUGGAGCAGCUGCCCGGGCAGGUGCCGUGCGCUGGGUGCCGCGGAGAUGGCAGCGCUUCCUCGCUGGCGUUGGCUUCCUCCUGGCGUGUGCCAACGCCUUCAGCGGUCUGCUGGACAAGCCCCGGCUGAUGGCAGAGCUGUCAGCAAGGCACAUCCGCCGCGGGCUCGGCGCAGCCUGUCCUGCGCUGAGCGAGAGCUCUCCUCUGCUGCCUCCAGCGCCUCAGGACAUGCAGCCUGCCGAGAGCUGGCUCGGCAAGGACUCAGGGCCGGGAGCAGAGGACCCAGGAGCUCCUCCUGCUUCUGAGGAAGAGGAGGGGGACAAGAAUGAGAGGAGAGAGGACUCUGAGCCUCGACCUCUGAGGCUGUGCCAGCCUGAGCUUGCAAAGUCAAACUCGCCACCAGGGUCAGGACACCUGCACCAUGGCCUCGUCCCUGCUGAAGGGCAUGAGAACGAAGCAGGUGGCUAUGAGGAGAAGGAGGAUGGUGGAGAGGAGGAUGAAACUCAGGUCUAUGGGUACCAAUUUGAAAGAGUUGAGCAAGCUCAGGCUGAGGCUGGGGAGAACUGGGAGGAUGACUGUGAGCCUCUUCCUGUCGUGGUGCCAUUGUCUGGACGUGCCAGAGCACACACACCACCAGGGUCAGUGCACCUGCACGAUGGGUUGCUGCCUGCUGAAGGGGGUGAGGAUGAAGCAGGUGGCUACGAAGAGGAUGAAUAUGGCAGAGAGGAGGCUGAUAAUGAGGAAUGUGAAGAUCAGAGCUACGGAGCCAUCCAUCGUGCUGUUGAGCUGGCCACAGGACGAGAGGUGGCCAUCAAGCACAUUCAUGUUGGCCCGGAGGACGAGGAGUAUGUGGCCAAUGAAAUCCUGGUUCUGCAGGACCACAGCAGUCCAAACAUCGUCAGCUACCUGGACAGCUGUCUGGUGGGUGCUGAGCUCUGGCUGGUCAUGGAAUACGUGGCCGGAGGCUCCCUGGCUGACGUGGUUAAGGCCACGUGUAUGGAAGAAGGGCAGACAGGAGCUGUCUGCAGGGAGUGCCUGCAAGCCCUGGACAGCCUUCAUUCCAGCAGGAUCAUCCACAGGGAUGUCAAAGGCUGCAACAUCCUGCUUGGAAUGGAUGUCUCUGUCAAGCUGGCUGACUUUGGCGUGUGUGCUCUGCUCACUGCUGAGCAGAACAAGAGGACCUCCUACGCCGGAACUCCCCACUGGAUGGCUCCUGAAAUCCUGAGGGAAGAGCCCUACGGCCCCAAGGUGGACAUCUGGUCCCUUGGCAUCACAGCGGUGGAGCUGGCAGAAGGAGAACCUCCCUACGCCUGGGAAAACGACAGCAGGGUGUGUGACCUGAUUGCUGCCAAUGGCACACCAGAGCUGCAGAACCCUGCUAAGCUCUCCGCUGCCCUUCUUGACUUCCUUCAUUGCUGCCUGGAGGUGGAGGUGGAGAGGCGAUGGUCUGCCCAGGACCUUCUGCAGGUUAAAUGCAAAGCAGCUGCAAGUGAAGCACUAGGGAAGGGUUUCAGCUACACCUGA